AUGGCGGAGGCUGCAUCGACCAACAUAAUCAUCGUCCCACCCAGGGAGGUCCACAUUAGGAGGUUUCAUGGAGACAGCCAUGCCUCUGAGGUGGAUCGCUUCAUUGAAGAAGUCCGGGCUGCCUGGAAGGUCAGGAAGGAUCUCACGGCCGAUGAGCAGAAGGACCUCCUCUGGCAGUACCUGGGCGAGGCAGUGCGGGAGGAGCUGAGUUGCAGGGGUGACGACCUGAACCGCGACCCGGAAGCCACCAUCAGGCUCCUCCGGGAGGUGUAUGGCGAGAAGAGGAGCGUCUCGCAGCUCAUGGCUCAAUUCCAAACGGUGCAACAGGGCCCACAUGAGUCAGUGAGGGCCUACUCACACCGCCUACACCGGGCAUUCAAGACCCUUGUUGCAAGGCAGGGCACCCUGCAGGUCCCACAGACCGACACGGAAUUUCUUCGGGACCAGUUCCUUGAAAACCUGAGCCAGUCCUCGGUCCGACGUCAGCUCCAAGAACUUGUGUUCCACGACCCCAAAACCCCACUCGUGCUACCAAUUUUUGUAACUGUCUCACCAAUCACUGUCUCACCAGUCACUGUCUCACCAUCCACUGUCUCACCAUCCACUGUCUCACCAUCCACUGUCUCACCAUCCACUGUCUCACCAGACACUGUCUCACCAGUCACUGUCUCACCAUCCACUGUCUCACCAUCCACUGUCUCACCAUCCACUGUCUCACCAUCCACUGUCUCACCAUCCACUGUCUCACCAGACACUGUCUCACCAUCCACUGUCUCACCAUCCACUGUCUCACCAUCCACUGUCUCACCAUCCACUGUCUCACCAUCCACUGUCUCACCAGACACUGUCUCACCAAUCACUGUCUCACCAUCCACUGUCUCACCAUCCACUGUCUCACCAUCCACUGUCUCACCAGACACUGUCUCACCAAUCACUGUCUCACCAUCCACUGUCUCACCAUCCACUGUCUCACCAUCCACUGUCUCACCAUCCACUGUCUCACCAUCCACUGUCUCACCAUCCACUGUCUCACCAUCCACUGUCUCACCAUCCACUGUCUCACCAGACACUGUCUCACCAGUCACUGUCUCACCAUCCACUGUCUCACCAGACACUGUCUCACCAGUCACUGUCUCACCAUCCACUGUCUCACCAUCCACUGUCUCACCAGACACUGUCUCACCAGACACUGUCUCACCAGACACUGUCUCACCAGUCACUGUCUCACCAUCCACUGUCUCACCAGACACUGUCUCACCAUCCACUGUCUCACCAUCAACUGUCUCACCAUCAACUGUCUCACCAUCCACUGUCUCACCAUCCACUGUCUCACCAGUCACUCUCUCACCAGUCACUGUUUCACCAUUUACUCCCCACAUUCACAGUCUCACCAUCUGA